UCAUACGUUGAGUAGGUGACCCUCGUGAAAGAAAUUUUCCUCUGCGCUGGAAAUGUGUUAAAAGUGACGGAUUUCGUUCGUUGACAGCAGCUGCUGUUGGAAUUGUUUGCUCGGUGAUCGCCGGCGUAGAGAUCAUGCUGAUAGAGCCGUGAUCUCACUAAGAAAAAGUGAAUUUUAUCCCAGCCCGAGUGACAACAGUGUGAAAUCAAAAUAGAAAUGAGAAUGCUGAAAAUGAGGUGAAGAAAGACGACGACAACAAACAAAAGAAGUGCAUCACCCAACGUGUUAUCACUACGCCGACAGUGAGAAGUGCGAUUUCUUGUGAAGUGUUUGAAGAAUGCGAAAAUCCCUGCUAAUUCUGGAAGCUUAAGCAGCACGCGGGCCCCGAGUAAAAAACGAGUGCAAUAAAUGUGAUAAAGAAGGGAUCUCUGUGCUAACGGAUUCAAAGUGAAUGAUAAGUCAGUCUCGAGUCUUGCUGGGAGAGUGUUUCGUGACUGAAAGUGAAAACCUCGGCCCUCAGUUCGGAUCGUACGGCUCCGGAGACAACAACGUGUAAUUUUCCUGUGGUGCAUGCGGUGAAUGUACUUCGUGACGGAUUUUCUCAACUGGAUAAAGACUGUGCAGCAGACCAUCAUGUCCAACGCAACUGGUUUGAUUGAUGAUCUCGACGGGUGUCUACAGUACGUCGGCGGCACGGGAGGUGCUUUGGCCCUGACGGGGGUGGCUGCUGCGACCGCCUACUACUACGCUACCAGACCAGUACCGGAGAAACCACUAGUGCCUCUAGAUAAUCAGUGUCCCAUUGAAGAGGGCCCCGAACAAGUUCACGUGUCCAAAUUCUUCAAGGAAGCCAAGGAUGGUAAAUAUGUCAGUUGCCUGGCGGAUGACGCCCGAACACUGUAUCAGACGUUCCGGAGAGGUGUCAUCGAAUCAAACAAUGGGCCCUGCUUGGGCUGGCGAGAUAAUCUCCACUCGCCUUAUCAGUGGAUGAACUUCAACGAGGCCCUGCUCCGGGCGAAGAACUUCGGUUCCGGUUUGAUUGCCCUCGGUCUGCGGCCUGGCACCAGUACCUUUGUCGGCAUCUACUCGCAGAACCGCCCCGAAUGGAUUCUGUUCGAGCAGGGAUGUUAUUGUUACUCGUUGGUUGUUGUUCCGCUGUACGAUACCCUCGGACCGGAUGCGUGUGCAUUCAUCAUCGACCAAACGGAAAUAGCCGUCGUGGUGGUCGAAGAUGACAAGAAGGUCAACCUGCUGCUCGACAAGGCACCGAAAUCCCUCCGGAAGUUCGUGGUCAUCAAAGAGGUCCGCCCAGCCACGUUGCAGCGUGCCAAGAACCGGGGCAUCGACAUUCACUCGUUCGAUGAGGUGGAAAAACUCGGCGCUGCCAAAUCGUUGCCGGAAGUGGAACCAAAGCCGUCGGACCUCUGCACGGUCUGCUACACAUCGGGCACAACGGGUAACCCGAAGGGUGUGAUGCUGUCGCACAUGAAUGUCGUUUCCGGCGUGGCCGGAGUUUUGAUGCAACUAGGGCCCCACAAACCUCGCGUAGGAGAUAUUAUGAUUUCGUUCCUCCCGCUGGCGCACAUGCUGGAACGGUGCUGUGAAAACGGUGUCUACUACAAUGGCGGUGCCGUUGGGUUCUAUUCCGGUGAUAUCAAAGAACUGACCAACGAUAUGAAGGCACUACGACCAACGCUGAUGCCAGCGGUUCCUAGGCUACUGAAUCGGGUGUACGAUAAAAUCUACUCCGAAGUGUCGCGAUCGUCGGUCAAGAAGCUUUUGCUCAGGAUGGCACUGAAUGCAAAGGAAGCGGAAAUCAAGCGAGGAGUUGUGCGGCGGACCAGCAUGUGGGACAAGCUGGUGUUCCGGAAGAUUCAGGAAGGAUUCGGUGGUCGGUUGCGACUGAUGGUGGUAGGAUCGGCUCCACUCUCGCCAACGGUGCUCACCUUCUGCCGAGCGGCUCUCGGGUGCCUAAUUUGCGAGGGUUAUGGACAGACGGAAUGUACGGCACCGAUCACGCUGACCGUGCAGGGCGACUUUGUACCGGGACAUGUUGGGCCUCCAGUGGCGUGCAAUUCGGUGAAGCUGGUCGAUGUGCCGGAAAUGGAGUACUACGCCUCGCAGCAGCAGGGCGAAAUCUGCGUCAAGGGUGCCAACGUGUUUAUUGGCUACUACAAGGAUCCCGUCCGGACAGCGGAAACGAUCGACGAGGACGGCUGGCACCAUACCGGUGACAUUGGCCAGUGGCUACCGAACGGAACGCUCAAGGUGAUCGACCGCAAGAAGCACAUCUUCAAGCUAAGCCAGGGCGAGUACAUCGUACCGGAGAAGAUCGAAAAUGCCUACAUUCGCAGCCAGUACGUUGAGCAGGUGUUUGUGCACGGCGAAAGUUUGAAGAGCUGUGUUGUAGCGAUCGUAGUGCCCGAUGUAGAAGUGGUCAAGCACUGGGCCAUCGAGAACAACAUUCCGGGAACGCUCAGCGUACUGUGCAGUAAUCCCGACGUCAAACAGCUGAUCAUGAAUGACAUGCUCGCCUGGGGCAAGGAGUUUGGACUUAAAUCAUUCGAACAGGUCAAGGACAUUUACCUUCACCCGGAUCCUUUCUCGGUGCAGAAUGGUUUGCUGACACCGACGUUCAAGAGCCGACGGCCUCAGAUCAAAAACUACUUUGCGCCACAGUUAGACGAUAUGUACAAACACCUGGACUGAACACGAUCCUUGUAGUAUCUGCCGUGUAGUACACGAGGCGUGUAAGCGAGCUAUCGAGUGAGUGAGGGAGUGCGAGAGUGAGUGAGUGAGAUAGCGAAUGGGGGUGGACACAUUUUAUCGCAUGUGAUCGUCAUGUGGCGCAUUCAAUUAACUAUACUUAAACAAAUUUCUCGAUACCAGCCAGAGUUAUCCCUGCUUGUGGAUUGCAGUGCAUAGGCGUACUAAGGAGGGUGACUUACAUGUGUGUGUUUUGUAGAUACAAACCAACCAAACAAACCCUAAAUCUGGAUACACCAUCUAAGACUUAAUGAAAUCAAACAAACUGUCGCAAAGCGCCGUUAUUGUGCUAUUAUACACUACUCUGAAUUGAAAUUUGUGUUUCUCCGUGCAGUUCGUACGCCAUACGGACGAUACUUUUCAGAGUCAACGUAUUGCCAAGCCUAAUUGGCAAUGUUUAUAGAACUUUCACUGGCUGUUCUGACUUUCAAUGGGAACCAAUCGCGGAUUGAAAGCAAAAAUACCAAAAUCUACUUAGUUGUUACUUAAUAAAUUAUUACCAUUCAAACGUACCCAGUUACAAAUUGUAGGACAAGAGAUAACUUAAAGGGGGAGGCAUGCUGUACAGUAGUAGGAAUUUAAAAUCAGAUUUUAGAACGGUCAGAUUCAUGAGUCAAUUUUUGAUUCUUAUGACGUUUAACUCCCGACAGAAUGUUUGUUUCGCGGGGUUAGUUACUUAAAGCAAACAUCAAUCCGGGCGUUAUGUUCAAAGAAGUACAUUGGCGAGUUAGCAAACUAUCAGCACUAGUGGAAACAGUUUUACUUAAGAAUUCCUAUCUUUGAAAAUCCAAUUUCCAUAUGUUUUUAACUGAAAGGUACUAAAUUUAGGUUCAAUACUUAGCAAUCUUUAGGUGAUGAGAUCUAGUCAGGGUUUUUUUUCUUUGUUUUUAUGUAAACCUUCUUUUUUAUAAAAAAUGUACGUGGCAGGCGAUAUAUUUCUUCUAAGAUAAGUAAAGCGACAAUAUCAUUAAUAUCACUAAUUAAUAAUUUAGCAACUCUGUUUAUUCGACUUUGUAUAAAAUAGUUCAGCAAAACUUGAUAGGAAUUUUUCCACGUAAGAUUUUUAUGAAUUCGCUUGUUUCCACAAAAUGAACUAAACUAGCUUUCAUACUAUGAAAAAAAAAAGAAAACAUGACUCACAAACACAAUAAUGCAUUUCCAGUCGCGCGCGAUCCUAAAUUUCCUUCCCAUCAGAAAUUCGAUAAUCCUAAUCGCAAUACAUACCACAUACAUAUGAGUUCUUAAGGAAAGGUGCUGCAUUAGUCCGUAUAGAAAACAUAUAGAAAUCAAGUGAAGGUGAAAUGCAGUCCCAAGUGGAAAAUAAUUAUGUUAAAGAAAGAAUGUUUAACCCUAAAUCCAAUUUUUCAUCGACAAAUAGACAAACGAAGCAGAAAGAUUUAUUAAAAAAAAAACUGAAUCACAUUCACUCUAGCGUAUUGUUACACGAUAAAAAAAAAUGAAAACAGCAUCCUUUGAAUCCGAAACUAGAAGGUAAAAAUAAACAAACAUUUGAACCAAAACACACGACAAAACUAAACACAGACACACACAAAAGAUGUGAAACGAAGAAAAUAGAUACCAUUUAGCGAUAUUAUAACUAUUGAACACACUACACCAGCCGGUAGAGGUGCGGAACGGAAGGA